AUGGACUCUCCCGUCCUCGAAUUCUUUACCCCCGUUUCCCACGCGGCAAGGAGGGACCAGCCCAGCCCGUUACGAAUCGUCAAAGAGCCUGAUGAGCACAAAUACAGCGAUGGAAUUUCAGUGGAGGAUGCCCCGAUUUCUGCACAAGGCACGCCCGAGCCACCGCUUGACGGAAACAUUCGCUUGAAGCUUGGCAAGAUACACAAUCGGCCGUGGGAGGGCACUUUCACUCGAUGCCGGGGACUGCUCGCAAAAUCGACGCCGCCGUCGGGGGGCGAUCGCCAUCAGUGGUCUUUGCGGAGGCCGUCCAAUUUUCGCACACCCUCUACCGGCUCUGCUUUUCAGGAAACCGAGGAGUUCGUCACGAACACCGCGAGUACGCAGGCGUCAUCACGGGCCUCGUCCGACGCACCGGCGAUCAACCAGCGCAUGCACCUGUUCAGCAAGCCACGUGCCUUCGAUGGCAGUCCUACUCAGGCAAAAUCUCCAUUUUCUCCCAUUUAUUCCACAGCUUCAAGCGACCGGCGGAUUACGCUACCGUUUGUACUAUCCCCUUGUAUUUCUGUCACGUCGGAAUCAGCAGGUCGGCAACAGGGCUACGAGUUCAUAUGGGCAACGAUUGAGGUAUCGGGGCGCUUGUCUCGGAUCCCCUCGUCCAGGACACCGUCAGACAGCAGCUCUACAUGCCAGCCCUCUACGGGCACAUUUAUCCAUCAUCAGCUAGAUAGAUUUUUCGAAUAUGGAUGCCUAUACGACCUAACAGUCGAGAUCGUGCCGACUGCAGGAACGAGUAUCGUCCAAUCGUUCGAGGAACAGGCCUUUCCAACGACAAUCUAUGCUGGAUCAAGCGUCUUUCUCCUCGCUCACAUCCGCGUCGACUGUGGCAUGACGGGGCGGAGCAGUGGGCCCGGACACAUACGUCACCAGUCGGACGAGCUGAUGGAGGAUUUAGAGCUGCAACUAGGGAGCUGUGUUGCCGGACACAUGCACGUGCGCGUGUCGUAUUCUCACUCUGCCUUUCCUAAACGCGCAGGGUCCGAGGCGGAAGCGACUGGAGUGUCGAGCAUGCGGAGCAGUCUGCAAACAACGGCAACGGCGACUUUGAAGCGGCGCGAUGCACUUUCUCCGUGGUCACCGUAUCCUGGUCAAUCGCGAGACCAGUUCUUGCAAGUCAUUGAGCGCUAUUGGGGGGCCGAAAAGGCGGCGAUGGUAGCGGAGCAAAUCGGCGACCAUCAGGAGCCUUCGAGGAGGUCGAAGAUGGCGCGGUCGGCCUGUGCCAUCCGAGAGCAGAGUCUCGCCGAGAAGCAGUCGAUGAUGGAGGAACGAGCCGAUGAUCAUCAACCGCCUCCGAGGAGGUUGCUUAAGGCGCGGUCGACCUGUGCCAUACGAGAACAGAGUAUCGCCGAAAAGCAAUCGACCUGUCGUUCAUGGGCGUCCAACGCGUCCAUUGGAAAGGAUAGCACGGCGAAAGCGUCUACUUUGGGAAGGGCGAUCGGCAGGAAGGCACAGAGACUGCUCUAUCCUCCGGGACAGUCAAAAUUGCCGUCGCCCCCGAGCGAAGCAAGCCUUGACGGAUCCAUCAACGGCAUGAAAUCGCAAGCUCGUCUGUCUGCAAUGGAUAGCGUCGGUCUCAAGCGCAGCUUGUUCGAACUGUAUGAGUCCGUCCAGGCCAAGGCCAAGGGGGGGACGGGCUGGCAUUGGGGCUUGUGGUUUUAG